UCCAUUGGGCACAACUCAAAAGAUGAGAAGCCUAAUCACAAUCACAAUCACAAUCUUCCUCUACCUAUUCGCAUUCACAACAGCAGCCUCCAAAUCCCGACACAUUCUAAACCGCGGCGAUUCCAUAACCGUCGGCAAAGAAUCACAGUUCCUGACCUCCCCCGACGCCACCUUCACCUUCGGCUUCUACAGCCUCGGCACCAACGCCCACUGGCUCGCCAUAUGGUUCACCAACUCCGCCGACAAGACCGUCGUCUGGACCGCCGACCGCAACCGGCCCGUCAACCACAAGGGCUCCAAAGCCACCCUCCGCCGCGACGGCGCCCUGGUGUUAACCGAUGUCGACGGUGCCGUCGCCUGGCAAACCAACACCACCUCCUUCGACGUCGCCUCAGCUCAUCUCCUCAACACGGGAAACCUCGUGCUGAGGAGUCAAAAGGGAGAUAUUCUAUGGCAGAGCUUCGACUCUCCCAUGAACACUCUCCUACCUUCUCAGCCAUUCACCAAAAACACUAGGCUCACAUCCAGCUUAAGCAAAGCAAGCUUCGCCCCCGGCAUUUUCAAUCUCUACUUCGGAAGCAACCACGUGUUGAGACUGAUCUCCGACUCCCCGGACACCUCCACCUCCUACUGGCCUAAUCCGAAUCAGAACUUGUACUCAAACGGCAGAACCAACUACAACAGCAGCAGGAUCGCGGUGUUGGACGACCUCGGCCGCUUCCUCUCGAGCGAUAAGCUGCAGUUCAAUGCCUCGGACGUGGGCCCAGGCAUUAUGCGGCGGCUCACGCUGGACUACGACGGCAACCUUCGGAUCUACAGUUUGAACGCCUCCACGGGCUCAUGGUCCAUCACGUGGCAGGCGCUGUCCCAGCCCUGUGAUGUGCUGGGCGUGUGCGGGAGGAACGCAUUCUGCGUGUACGCGCCCCUCCUGCCCAAGUGCACGUGCCCGCCCGGGUACGUAGUGGAAGACAACACCAACUGGAACACCGGAUGCAAACCGGCAUUCAAUAUAACACUACUGCAGUCGACACAAGUGUACUUUCUGGAAAUUCCUCACGCGGAUUUCUACGGAUUCGAUCUCAACUCCAUGGAGCCUGUCACGUUGGAGACGUGCAGGCGCAUGUGUUUGGAGAAUUUGCGGUGUGUCGCCUUCAACUACCGUUUGGUAGGAAAGGGGGUCUGUUACAUCAAAAGCGCAAUGCUUAACGGCUACGCAACGCCCGAUUUUCCAGCUAGUAUAUACAUCAAAUUGCCGGAAACUUUGGUGCCAUCCCAGCCUAAAAUAUUCCAUGCCUCGAGCCAGACGUGUGGCUCGGAAGAAAGAGAAGAACUCAUAGGUUCAUCUUCAAUGUAUGAUUUCGAUAGCAGGAGGUUUAAGUGGGUGUAUAUGUAUUCAUUUGCAGCGGCGCUGGGGGCUAUAGAGCUGAUGUUCAUACUCCUAGGGUGGUGGUUUCUGUUUCGAAAACACGGGAUCCCAGCCUCAGUGGAGGCAGGGUACAACAUGAUCUCGAGCCAGUUCCGGCAGUACACCUACUCGGAGCUGAAGAAGGCAACCAAGAAUUUCACAGAGGAGUUGGGGCGAGGGGGCUCGGGAGCCGUCUACAAAGGCGUCCUCUCAGACGACCGGGUGGUGGCGGUAAAGAAACUGGGCGACGUUUUUCCAGCUCAGGAAGAGUACUUCGCAGAGAUAAGCACAAUAGGAAAGAUCAACCACAUGAAUCUGGUGAGAAUAUGGGGAUUCUGCUCGGAGAGGAGGCAUCGCCUACUUGUCUAUGAGUACUUGGACAACUUGUCGUUGGACAGGCAUGUUUUCGGCUCGAGCUUUCUUUCAUGGAAACAGAGAUAUGCUGUUGCAUUAGGGACAGCCAAAGGGUUGGCGUACUUACAUCACGAGUGUUUGGAGUGGGUGAUCCAUUGCGACGUGAAGCCGGAGAAUAUUCUUCUCGAUAGUGAUUUCCAGCCCAAGAUUGCAGAUUUUGGGCUGGCGAAGCUGCUGCAGAGGGAGGGGGAUGGGUCGGAAUUCACGAGGGUGCGAGGGACAAAGGGGUACAUGGCGCCGGAGUGGGCGCUGAGCCUUCCCAUCACCGCCAAAGUGGACGUGUUUGGGUACGGGGUGGUGGUGCUGGAGAUGGUGAGGGGGGUGAGGUUGUGUAAUUGGGGGGAGGAGGAGGGGGACGGAGGCGGGCCAGUUUCCAGCUUUGUGAGGAGAUGGAGGGGGGAGGUGGAGGGGGUGGUGGAUGGGAGGUUGGAGGGGCGAUUUGGGCGGAGGCAGGCGGCAGCGUUGAUUCAGGUGGGGGUUGCUUGCGUGGAGGAGGAUAGGAAUAAGAGGCCGAGCAUGGCAGCUGUGGUGGAGAGUUUGAUGGCAUGUGAAUACGAAGAAGAUUGAGUUUCUUUUUCUUCUUUUUAUGUUUUGGACACCUCAUUCAUCGUGUUUGUUCUAUUGUUAUGGAUGUUCAUAUAUGGAUUCUAUAAAGAGCUUGAUGAUAACAAAAAGUGUAAUGCAUGUAAAAUGACAACAGAAACAAAACAAUAUAUUGGUAGCAUCAAUUGA